AUGGAGGACGACACGAUCGUCGAAGGAUAUGAGUGCAAGGCCUACUCCCAGGUCCACCAGGUGUCUCUGAACUCUGGGUACCACUUCGGUGGUGGCUCCCUGAUCUCCAGCACAUGGUGGUGUCUGCUGCUCACUGCUACAAGUUUUGCCACGGAGGAGGACCAGAUCGUCGAAGGGUAUGAGUGCAAGGCCUACUCCCAGCCCCACCAGGUGUCUCUGAACUCUGGCUCCUACAACAUCAACCAUGACAUCAUGCUGAUCAAGCUGAGCGAACCCGCCACCCUCAACACCUACGUGCAGCCUGUUGCUCUGCCCAGCAGCUGUGUCCCCGCUGGCACCAUGUGUACCGUCUCUGGAUGGGGAAACACCAUGAGCUCCAUGGUGUGCAACAGUGAGCUACAGGGUGUCGUGUCCUGGGGUUAUGGCUGGGCCGAGCCUGGUAAACCUGGUGUCUACGCCAAGAAAUCUUUGUAA